AUGGGGAGCCCAGAGUUUCCGAGCCCUUCUGGGCUGUCGGACGGGUGUCGGACGACAGAGGUAGCCGCUGGCUCCGAAUCCCCCCAGAAGCCUUUGGUAGUCAGGAUAUUCAACGUGCACAACCGGCCAGAGGAGUCCGAGGGGACGGACGAACAGGACCAGAGAGGCGAGAGGGAGGAGCCUGAAGAGUCCGACGAGAUCCUCGAGGGCCACGAACACUACGAGCGCCCCAAGCCUUCCAGACACUGUGCACACUACAAGACCCACAAGCCCUCCAAAUCCCAGGCACCCUACAAGCCCCGGAAACCCCAGAGCCCCCACGCUCCGAGUAACCCCCACAAGCCCUACGAAGCCCAGCUGCUUCCUGGAGCUGGCGUGAUGGUCUCCCCAUCUCUGGUGAACAGAUUCCAACCGCGGAUUCCGCCCUCUUCCCUGAGCGGCCCCGCUUCAGCCUUCUCUGCAGGCAAUCAUUGCAGUUGCCGCUUUGAACAUAUCUUCAUGGCAGCACUUAAGGUUGGUGGGAUCUCGCUCGGACCUGAGAGUGCGCAGCUCGGACCUGGGCUUUUAGGAGGCAGGGUAGCCGGCAGGUGGCAGCCUCCUCCGCGGUCGGCCUGGAGCACAGACAAGACCAGCCCUGCUGUUGGUCUUGGUGGUAACUGGAGCAGUGUGCUGGUCUUUGUUAGUUCUUUUUCUAGGAAGAGAAUUCAAGAUCUUUCUAGGCCUAAGAAGCAAUGGGGAGCCCCAGACAGAAAACUGCUUUGGGGAAACCAAGAUCCUAUCCGCCCUGUUUCCCGGGGUGCUUUGAAGGCUCAACUGACAGAAAGACUGGACAACCUUGCCCAGCCUAAGGAAGUCUCCCAUCGACACGUGCCGAGCAGGGCUCACUAUUUUUAUAGCUGCGGUAGAGAGUCUGUAAUCUGGGAGAUCCCUCCUCCUGCGCUGCUUUGCCGACCUUCCAAAAGGAUCCAGAAGCUAGCAGAGCCCAACAGAUUCAAGACAGGGUAUCUAAUAAAUAGGCCCUUCAGUGAUUACUUGACAAGAGAGUCUCUUCAAAUCUCUGGCCCUUCUCCCCGGAUAUUACGACUCUCAGUAGCCAAAGGCACCAAUCCAAACUAUGUUCCUCCAAAAAGUAUUGAAACCAAGAUUUCGACAUCUGCCCUGAAUGCUGUUGCAACUCCAAGAAUUGUAGACCUUGCCCAACCCAGGAUUAAGAUCGAGGGUCUGUGCUUUGAAAGAGAAAGUAAUGAAAUGCCCAUCCGUCCGGUAUCCCGUGCUGCCCUGCUAGCCAGCGCGAGCCCUCGGACGCUGGCUCUAGCGAGGGCCAGGCCCCCACAUCGGGAUUACCUACUUCCCCGUGAUGUCCAUUGGCCUGUGUCUCGGGCUGCUCUCCAUUCCAAAAUAUCUCCCAGAAUUCAAGAACUAGCGAAUCCCAAUACAAGGAGUCCUAUGCACAUUAUAUACUACGAUCCAGAAGUCUUUAAGGUCAAGCCAGCUGCCUUGAAAACACGGUGUUCUCCAAGGAUCCAAGAAUUGGCAGAACCUCUCAGGCGUUAAAUACACAAGCCACGUCAGUCCACCAGCAGUUAUGUUUCUAGAAGACAUAACAGAUACCUUAGUUCCCUAGUCUGGUUCUGUCCAGCAGUAUCCACCCCCGACCCCCACCUCCAACACACAGACCAGGAACACCACUCUGACCUGGAAUAGCAAUUGCUCCUGUCACCUGUAAUCACAUCAGGUCUGGGGCCUCCGACAUGUAAUAAAACAGAAAACGGCAGCCUGCCUUCUGGUCCUCACGGUCCGCUCACAUGCCCCUGGGCUGUUUCACUGCUCAGACGUGAAGAAACACUUUCUUACAUUUGCCAGUUUUGCUUUUCCCUGCAAGAUCCGAGUUUUCCAGUAGGUGAUUUGGCCUUGGCACCCUGAGAACUGAAAUCACGAUCUGUGUCACUUUUCCCGUGUCCCCUAAUUACCGAAAAAUAACCUAGAAACAGAAAAGCUUUUGUGGGUGAGUUAAAAUGGUUUUUAUAAUCUGUAGAUGAAAUCUAGGGAGCUGACUGCCGUGACUUAGUGGGUCUCCUCCACUGAUCACUGUUCCCGCCCACGUGCUCAGUGUCAUUUAUCAAUGUCAGAAAAAGCAAGAUAUUUGGUAAGUGGUCUGAGGCUUUGUCCAGAUGCAUCUGCCCAUAGUUUUUUAAUUUAUUUUAUUCUCUCCAUGGAUUAGUAUUAUGCAAAUUAAACUCU